AUGGUUGUGGAGCAGCUCUUCAUAAUAAACAAAUCAGGGGGAAUGGUCUUUAAGUACGAGAGAGAAGAGAAUACAGAUAUAAAUAGCUUUUUAAUAUUAACAAGUUCCUUGUAUUCAGUAAGUGUGAUAUUAUCAAAAGUAAUGGAUAAUCCUGCAUCAAGACAGGUUGUUUACUUCAGGAACAGAACCAUUUCGAUCUUUAGGACAAUCACAGGCUUGGUAUUUGUCUUUGUCGCAGACAAGCCUGCAGAUGCUCUUUUUGAAAGAGUCUAUUCUCACUACUGCAAAUAUGUAACAAGGGACCCCUUCUAUUCACCGGAAAUGCCUAUCCAAUGCUCUAAGUUCAGACCUCAUCUUCUAUUUGAAAACUGA